UUCAAGUAAGGCGCCAAAUAACGAAAAUAAGCGUUUAUCUGGGUUUUUAAACAAAUCUGUUAAGCAACUUGCGCAGACGCUUUUAGUUUACCAACAGCGGCUGAGUGCAACAGACGUGCAAGAUGAAACUGGAAAUAACGCUUCUGUGUAUAUUUUUAUUAGCAUUCGCUUCGCCCACGCCCAUGCUAUAUAAACGCAAUCCAGAUGAGAAAUACGAAGCGGAUCUAGUUGCCAUUUCGUCAACUGUCAUACCGUUGACCGUGCUGGAAGUCAGCUAUGGCCUGGGCGGCAAACCGAGCGACGAAUACAAGGCCGCCUACCUGCGCAAGCUGCGUAAACAGGUGCAACAAAGGGCGGAGGCUCAAGCCAGCGGCAAUUCGACAAUCAUUCGAGCUGUGAGCGAAAUUUCAGAAUUGCCGCCAGCGCCCACGGAUGCAGAUGCUCUGAUCACAGUCAAAUCUAAGCAACUGGAGAAGGCCAAAGUCAAGGCUGUCUAGAAAGCAUAGCGCAGCAGACCAGCCAGCCAGUCAGCCAGCCAGUCAGUCAGCCAGCCAGACAGCCAGACAGUCAGCCAGCCAGCUCGACCAGUCGUCGUUAUUUUUGCGUUGGCGUCUGCUAUGAUAUCAUUGCCAGAGUCCAUUUUUUUGAGCUAGU